AUGGCGCACAAUAUCUUGAAAAAACAGAAAAAGUAUGAUACUGCUCAUGGUACUGCUUAUGGUACUGCUUAUGGUACUGAGUAUGGUACUGAUCAUGGUACUGUUUAUGGUACUGAUUAUGGUACUGAUCAUGGUACUGCUUAUGGUACAGCUUAUGGUACUGAUCAUGGUACUGAUUGUGGUACUGCCUAUGGUACUGCCUAUGGUACUGAUUAUGGUACUGCCUAUGGUACUGAUUAUGGUACUGCUUAUGGUACUGGUUAUGGUACUGCUUAUGGUACUGCUUAUGGUAUUGCUUAUGGUACUGCUUUAUGUACUGUUUAUGGUACUGAUUAUGGUACUGACUGUGGUACUGAUUAUGGUACUGAUUGUGGUACUUAUUAUGGUACUACUUAUAGUACUGUUUAUGGUACUACUUAUAGUACUGUUUAUGGUACUGAGUAUGGUACUGAUUAUGACACUGAUUAUGGUACUGAUUGUGGUACUGAUUGUGGUACUGAUUAUGGUACUGGUUAUAGUAUUGAUUAUGUUACUGACUAUGGUACUGAUUAUGGUACUGCUUAUGGUACUGCUUAUGGUACUGAUUAUGGUACUGCUUAUAGUACUGUUUAUGGUACUGAUUAUGGUACUGACUGUGGUACUGAUUAUGGUACUGAUUGUGGUAUUUAUUAUGGUACUACUUAUAGUACUGUUUAUGGUACUACUUAUAGUACUGUUUAUGGUACUGAGUAUGGUACUGAUUAUGACACUGAUUAUAGUACUGAUUGUGGUACUGAUUGUGGUACUGAUUAUGGUACUGGUUAUAGUAUUGAUUAUGGUACUGCUUAUGUACUGAUUAAGUUACUGACUAUGGUACUGAUUAUGGUACUGCUUAUGCUACUGAUUAUGGUACUGGUUAUGUUACUGCGAGUCGGCAUUGUUUUAAAGAUACAUAUUGUGGCCUGUGGGAGUCAUGUCAUAAACACCUUAUUAUGCAUAUCUUACAAAUCUGAAAACAACAACUAG